GUUCUGUGAGCUGAAGCCUGAUGUAGCACCAGAGGCAGAAAGGACAGCUGAGUCAUGUGAAAGAGACAGCAAUUUUAACAACAGUGCAAAUCAGAUGGGGCAAGGAGGCGAGGGAAAUACAAAUGAAAAUGCAAAUUCUCAUCGCAGCACAGAAAGAGGGUCAAUACACAGAGGGGAUGCUUGCAUACAGUCCUCAAGAGUCCCUAGCAGCAGAUCUUUUCACCCUGAGAGUGGUAACCGCACACAUUCAUACGAUCGUGGCACCACACCGUCCAGAGGUGUCGAUCAGUCUGGGUCCAGAAGCUUCUAUCAGUCGACUUCCAAGGAUAGUUCUUACUUUGAAAGCCGAGAUUAUCAUUCAAAGGAGGAUAGUUCACAUAACAGAUCAAAGGACCCCGGUUCUGUUGACUCAUCCCAGAUGUCAGCCAGGUACACCCGCAUCCAUCAGCCUGGACCCAACAGCCCCAGCAGACCCGAGUCCACCACUAUUCCAAAGUUUAAAACAUUGCAGGACCAACAGGUGAGCUGGCUGGAGAUGUUUAAGGUCAUAGAACAACAACACAGAACAGAGUUGCAGUCCCAGUAUCUAGAGCACCAGAAAGUUCUUCAGGAGAUGCAAAGGAACAUGGAGAAAGAGCUGAUGAAACAGCAGGACACUUUGAAACAGAGGCUCAUGUCCCACAGGGAG